CAACGAGGUCGCUGAUUGGUUCUUAUCUGCAUUCUUUCAUCGCAACUCACCGCAUGUAUUAGCCCCGCAUGUAUUAGCCAAUAGCCUUCUGUUUUUCAGAAGCUUAUUAAUUUCCGUUUCUUCGCCACUGUAUGCCAUGUGACAUUUGCAGCGAAUUGCAAAUUUAUACAGUAAAAUAUCUUGGGGAUUUUGCGUCGUUAUUCUGUUUACUUCGAUUGGAUUUUUGCGUUCUUGUCUUGAGAAUUCUCUGCGUUGUUCAAUUAAAUUUUGUCAUUCGAGGAAAGGCAUAGAUCUGAACAAAGGUUUGACAAAGCUCGGAGUAUUUGUGGUCUUAGCCAAGCAUGGCAUCUGGUUCAACGGAUGAAUCAGUUGUCUUACCUAAAUGGACAAAUCGUGGCACUGCCAGUUGUCCCAAAUGUGGCCAUAAGUACAUGACAGCACGGAAACCAAAAUUAUGUGAGGGAUGCCACUUUGAAAUAGGAGGUUCAUAUGUGCCUAAGCCAAAACUGAACAUUCCAGACUGUGUCAUUGUUUACAAAGAAGGUGAUACUUCUCUGUAUUCAGUAAACAGCAGCACGAGGGAUGAUCGGUGCUUGGUUUUGAUGCAAGGAACAAAUUGCCUUUGUUACCAUGAGACAUGUAAACAACAACGAGCAAUCCACCUAAGUUCUUCAGGAAGGCCGUUCAGCUGUAAACAUAGUGAAAAGAUUGACAGUAAACCACAAGAACCUUUCGAAAAGUAUUUUUUAAGUGAUGAAUCCAUCAGAACCUAUCCAGCUGACAAUGGCACUCAAGAAACUAUAUUCUCCCUAAUGAAAAAAUUGUCAGCAUCACAAGCUGUUGCCAUGAAAGUGUCUGACAAAAAUUUUGUUGUCUAUGGAAAAGCAUCAACAUCAACUCCAAUAUGCUAUACACAUGUUCAAUUCAACAAGGGCAACUACAUCUGCUCCUCCAAAGACUGCAAAAGUCAUGGUGGCAACACAAAACAGUUGAAAUCGAAGAGGAUCUGCCUACAUGUACAUGUUUUGUUGUGUGUGUUGAGGGAACAUGUUAGACCAACAGCAGUCCCAACUCCAACCUCCCCAGAAGAAAUUGCUGAACCUCGAACCAGCUCAGUUUGUCGGCAAAGAACUGUGGAUUUGAUGGCUCGUUGUUCUCUACCAUACCCAGUGCCGAACAAAUUUAUCAUCAAGUGCAGAAACAUUGAUGCCUGGAGUACUGCAGGGAUAGAAGAUAAAUCAUGGCCAUCUUCAUUUAUACCUCCACAAGAAUCAUGUGAAAUGUGUGGGACUCAACUGAGCUUACCUAAAAUGAAGCCAGGCUCAGAUGGUAAAGCUUUUCUCAUGACACAUCAACAUAUGUUUCAUGUGGUGGAGGUGUUGGUGAAAUUCUGCAAGAAUCCAGAAUGCCAAGCAAUGCAUAGAGUGUGGCCUUUGAGUGAUGGUCUUUUUAAUAUUAAUGACAAGGUCUUGCUUGCAUUGGAGAUUUUGGUGGAAUGGAGAGAGCUGUUCAAGAGAGGAGUGCCAGUCAAAGUAUUUGUUGAAAGUACAAUCAGAUCAUGGUGCGCGACGACAUGUUCUAAUAAUCAGACAUUAUUUCUCUUUGAGGAUGUCAUUCCGUCAAGCGGUCAACAAAGGUACUUGGUGGAGCUACUGUACAAUGGGUUUUACUGUUUCGAGGCUAUCACAGAAAGAUCAUUAGAUGACGUUAUCUGUGGUGUCUGUGGAGUUGCAGGAGAGGUAUAUUGCGGCGAUGGAAAUGAAAAGAACUGCUGUGAUCUGAGUUGUGUUAACUUCAAUAAUUCCUCCUCAAAUAAUGAGUGUGAGCCUGUUUCUUUGGAAGACUUCCUGAUGAGAAUAAAAAAAUACUGGGUGGAGAAAACCACAUACACAAAAACAGAAUUAGAUGAUGGUAAGGUCGAUGCCGCAACAGUACCUCCUAUCAUUGCUCCAUCCGCUAGAGCAGAGAAAGUGUAUAACACGGAGAUGCAGAAGAGGAGUGUGUUUUGA